AUGGACUAUGAACGAGCAAUGUACAAGUUCAUCCUAUAUUGGAUUGCCAUUUUGUCUAGUUUUCGCGCCGCUGAUUGGAUUCCACCACCUAUUAAUCUAGCAAAUUACGAUGCAUAUGGUUCUUUGAUUACAAUGAACGAGCAAUUGAUCAUUCUUGCACAAAAUGAUAUAAGACACUUUCAAAUUGUCGUUGAUCCGUUUACGAAUCAUUCAUGUCGAUCUGCUCCGCGUUAUAUUGCUGUGCAACAUGGCAUAAAUUCUUUUGCCGAUUAUAUCUAUUCAGUUGCGAUUGGUUCGAAACAAGAAAAAAAUGAAACAAAUUUUUAUUUUGCAUUCAUCGAUGAAGAUCAAUUCAGAAAUAUAUUUUUAACAAUUGUUUAUUUCUACAUAGCUCUAUCACCAUCCAUUUGUGUUUAUUACGCAAAUCAUUUCGAUUUUAAUGUCACGGACCUUGCUUUCUCAGAACAAGUAAUCAUUGCCAUGGAUCCAAAUGGAACUCGCGUCUAUGCCGUUGGAUUCCAUUACACUGUUAUCAUUGAUAUCAAAACAAAAGUUCGUCGAAUCUAUCACAAGAAUGAUGUCUUCGGUCUUGGUCUAAUUGGACCACCACCGCUAGGUUUGGAUGAAAUACAUGUAUUCUCCAAAGCAAUGUUUGUUAGUGAAGAUCAUCGAUUGUAUCUUGUCGGUCAACGAUAUUACAAUUUUCAAUAUUUAGCCUAUUUACAUGUACUCGACUACUCUGAUCUUGAUCAUAAUCGUGUUCGACUUCUCUCAGUCAAUGAAUUGUCAGCUUUCAAUUUUGGCACUGCAGCACAACGUAUUACACGUUUUUCCGCCAUGUCUAUACAUGCAUAUUUUGACGAAGAAGAAAAAAUUAUUAUUAUUGGCAUAUCUCAUGUAGAUACAAUUUUGCUCUUAUUAUUCAAUCGAACACAUUCACCGGUUAUAAUCAAGCGGCACGAAUCGGUAAAUAAAGGUGUUGGAUUCGGAAAAUCGGUUGCUUUCUUUCAUGAUCAUACCUACGCUGUUCUUGCCCAUGGUCAGUCAACUCUACCAUGGUCUACAUCACAAGUACAAGUAAGUCAUUCUGAGAUCUCCACUAUGUUCGAAUAUUUUCACACACGAUCAGAUAAUGUCGAGUUAUGA